CCCGGGACCGCCCGUCGGGGCGGGGCCGCCGUUUGAACGCGGGGCGGCGGCGGGACCGGCAGAAAUUGGUCUGCAAAAUAAACAUCCUGACUGCAGUCUACCCUGGCUAGAGGUGCUAUGCGAAUGGCAGCGAUUUAGUCCAUUGCUGCUCUUCAGGAUCCUUUAGAUCCCUGUAUAUCAGCCCUGACUCUGCCAUGAGUGCCUCAUCCCUGCUGUUUGCGGUUGGAGCAAACACUGUGGAAGACCAGAGGGCUCGCUGGGAGAGAAAGCGCAGCCGGACAGCCAAGGAACUGCUGGAAACGGAACACAAAUACCUUGAGCAGCUGGAUUUGGUGCUCACGUACUUUGUGACGAUUUUAAAAGCCAAAGGGACGCUGAAACCUGCUGUGUUGGAAACUAUAUUUGGACCCCUGGAAUCCUUAUAUUCUGCCAGCCAUGUUCUGUCAUUUCACCUGGAGAAAGGGAAUUUGGGACCAGGACUGGAAAAUUUUUGUCAAAGUCUGGAUUUUUAUGGCCACUAUGCAGAGAAUUUGGAGCAGGCAAAUAAAACCUUGAAGGAGCAACUGAGGAAAAAUAAGUCAUUUCGGCGGUUUAAGAAACUCCAGGAGGCUCGACCUCAGUUUCAAGGGAGGGAGCUAGAGGAUCUGCUUCCUUUGCCCCUGCAGAGGCUGCACCAGUACAAGCAUUUCUUCAGAGACCUGCUGCAGAACACCAGCCCAGACACUGCUGAGUACCAGAAACUUGCAAAGGCUGUGAAGUCUGUUUCUGAGGUAUCUCAGUGGGUCCAAGACAUCUUUGAUAAGAGAGAGAACUCCUUGCAGCUACUUCGGGUUCAGAAACUGCUCAAAGGACAAAAGACUCAGGUUUUGACUCCAGGGCGCUGGUAUAUCCGGGAAGGCUGGCUUUUGGUGGUGCCUUCAAAGGGAGAAGAACUGAAGCGCAGGAUGUUCUUCCUGUUCUCUGAUAUCCUCAUUGCAGCGAAGCCCUGCCACCCACUGCACCUGCUGAACUCGAACAAACUGUCCUGCCAGGCUGUCUACCCACUCCACCAGUGCUCAGUGGAUAAAGUGUUCGGCCACACGCAGAGCCAGGGAGGGCUCCUCAGUCUUUCCUUUCCACAGAAGACACUGCUGUUGAUGUCCAGCAACCAACAAGAGAUCCAUGACUGGUACCGGAGUCUCACAGCUGCAGUCAGGCAGCUGAAAGCCUGACCCACCUGAGUACAAGACAAACUGGCAGGACAACCACCUUUGUGGCAGAAGCUUCCACAAUCUUAGAAAAUGUUCAGUGACAUAUAGCAGCACUGCAUUGAGAGGGACUAUACAGCAUGUUCGUGAGAUGAUGAAUGCUUUGUUAGCUGCCCUUAUGUUCAUACAGAUACCGCAAAAAAUGCAUUUGUACAUUAAAAAAAUCUGUAUUAUGGAUUUUCCCCAAUUUAGCUUAGAAGCUUCUAGCUUUUCUGCACUUUAGUAAACUCAGAUUAUUAACUUAAGGUCAAGCAGAUGGGAGUGUGACUUGUUUUCCCUAAUUAAAUGCUUUUUUAAAGGUA